AGCACCGUUGUCGCUUUUGCCCUUGCCUUCAUUCAUCAUGAAAGUCACGUGCCUGUUCCUGUUUGCCCUGGCCUGCUCGGGCGCUGUUGCCUCGCCUCCGGCCGAAGAGUGCGCGCCUUUGCUUGCCCCGCUGCCGCUUGACAACCGCCAACAGCUGUUGGGCCAGUGGACGUUCAUUGCGGGCUACUCCGACAACAAAGCCUAUGACGCCAUCCUGAAGAUCACCGAAGGCAGCCGCCUCAACGUCAGCGCCGCCGCCCACAACGACAAGGACUUGUACAUCUACGAGGAGAUGGGGAUGAACGGCACCUGCUACGGCUCCAAGAUGAACAUGUCCAUCGACGGCAACGUGGCGUCCGGCAAAAUGCAAAACAUCUCGUCCUCCUACCAACUGCUGCCGACGUGCGACGGCUGCCAAGUGAUGAACAUCAACAGCACAGCGACAAACCUCAAGGACUUCCUGGAGGCUUUUGGCAUCCACCUGGACGACAUCGUCAACGACAAGAUUAGCGUCCGCGCUCUCUAUCUGUUUGCUCAACGGAACAAAGUGACGGACUUGGAGCUGGAGAACUUCAAAAAGCAGGCCGACUGCUUGGGCUUCUCCGGGGAACCCAUGUUUCUGAUCGACCCCAAAAAAGACUUCUGCGAAGACCACAAAGCUGUCAUGAUCAACUGAAGCGCUCAUUAAAGAAACCAAAGAGCAA